AUGACUAGUUAUGAAUUAAGGGAUAUUUCUGAGGUCGAGAGUGAGUACCCAGCAAGUAGUCUUAAGUACGACUCAAGGUUCAAUCCACAAUCUUUUCUGUCUUCCUCCUCUUCACAUUCUUCAUUAGAAGAAGAGGAGUCUAUCAAUAAUGAGAAUGUUGACCAUUAUGGGCUAUUUCAGCCUCAGAAUUGGAAUUCUAACAGAGAAUCUAUCAAUUUUGAAGCAUUAGAGAGUGAAAUUAGAGAUAAAUAAGGAUUCCUACUACGAUCUUUAUCGUCAGUAUGAUAAAAUCACAAACAAAGAGCUCAUAUUCGACAUGAAUCAGAAGUCCCAGCAGAAGUAUGACAAAUGCGUUGAUAUUUUUGUUAAGCUCAUUAACGACUUUGGUAUCGCUAAUGAGCCGAUAGAUAUGUUAUUUACUAAGCUUGAGAAGAAUAUAUCUGCAUACAAUAACAUUGAGAAAGUUCUGACAACUUUUAUUAAGAAAUAUCUCCAGUUUAGUGACUAUCUAUUGAUCAAUGAGAUAGAGCCACUUAGAUCAGUCCAGGUCGAACAUAAGAAGCAAACAGGUGAUAAAUUCGAGGUCUUAAAGACAAUUAAAAAGUUCUUGGAUAUUGAAAGAGUCUACUGACUGAUAUUCUGGGGAUAUUCAGCCCAGUUUAAUGAGAACGUAAAUGGGUCCAGGCAAGACUUAAUGGGUGGAACUCACAGACGGAGAGGUGCACAUUCACCAUAUUAUAAUGAUACACUCAAUAAAUCACAUUUAUCUAGCUCUGAGAGUAAAUUUGGGGACCUCCCACAGGACUUUAUGGACUAUGCAAAGAACCACGAGAGAAAUGAUAGUAAAAAUUCUGGUCAACGGUCAGCCGAGACGAAUGAAGUAAAAUCUAGUAUUUCCACUUCAAAAAGUCAUUUGAACCCAAACGAUAGCUUUAUUAUCAGAAGAUGAAUGGCUACCAUAAAGAGGUUCCGGCAGCUACUGUUCUCUAUAAACUACAUUCUGAUUCACAAGUCCAAUGAUGAACAUAGAGAUUUCUUCGAGUUGUUCCGGCAAUACAAUGUUGAGGUAUUCCAAGCACUUAUGCCAGUUCUUGAACGUAAGAGAUUUAGCUCCAGAAGUAUUCAAUUAAUCAAAGCUAUCUACAACAUGGCUACAGAGUUAUUUAACAUGGAUAUAUUCAACCAGAUCUUGAACGCUAAUAUGCUGUCUUAUUAUGGCUUAGCAGAAGAAUAUUCUGUCAAAGUCAAAGAUAGCUACUCCAAACUCUCCAUGAACCCAAAGAAGGUAACACUUGAGGAAGACAAAAAGGUUAAGGAAAACUGUGACUACUUCAAUAUUUUCCAAACGAACUUUGAGAAGCCAAAGAAGAAGAAAUUAAGAGAUACACGAGUUUUUACCGACCCUAAACUAAAUUAUGGUGCACGCAUCCAGCUGUUAGAGUAUUACAUGCAGGUUUUCUAUCUUAAAGGUGGUUUCAGCCAAUAUAGCACUUAUGAAGACCUAAUAGAAGAUAAGUUAAUUGAAGUGUCUGAUUCUUCAGAUGAAGAAAGUGAUUUCCUACCUCCAGGAGGCAAACCACAUGUGUUGGAUCAUAAGAGAUUCACAUUCUCGAAAAAGCCUUCAUUUCAAGAUAAAAGGAUGACAACUAGUGAAAAUAGCAAGAAAUUGGAGACAGAGAAUGAAAGGCACCAACCGAGGCAAUCUCAGUUAUAUAGCAUAGUCCCUUCUGUAAUUAGAGGAAAGAAAGAAUCUUUUAAUAAUAAAGAUAUUCUUCACGAAAAUGCACUCAAGGAAAUCUUGGAGUCCCCUGAAGUCUCUGAGAAAGGAGAUUAUAACCCAAGACUAGGAUUUGACUUUGAGAGCAGGACUGAGGAAAUCCCUCUUGAAGAAGAAUUCAGCUUUGAAGAUUAUGGAUUUGAUGAUCCUUUCUUUACCAAAUUAGGCCUUUUACAACAGAAUGAAAAACUUAAAUCAGAUACCAGCAAGAAAGUUGCAAAUCAAUUAAUUGAGAAGAAGGACCAAUUCUGGAUUGACAUAAUCAAUCAACGAGAAGAAGAGUUCCAAACUUCAAGCCUGAGUAGAUUCCAGCUAAAGAAGAUGAGAAAAGCAUUGGAGAAUACAAACCGGACACAAAUUGUCUCUUCUUUGAUUUUAUCAGCUCAUAAUCCAUUUAGUUCUGGGAUUCCUCAAAUGGGAAAUCCUGACAAUGUGAAAAACUCCCAGUUCAAGAAUAAAGAUUAUUUGGUAAAUUCUAGUUUCAGGAAUAUUUUCUAUUCCAAAGAAUAUGGGAAACCAACAGGAAUCCAGAGUAUUGACAAUGAUCUUGCUAAGAACGGAGCUGAGCAUCUGAUCUACAUCACUGAAAGGCUGAUGAUCCCUUCUAUGACAGAGAAACUGUAUUGCUUACAACCUAGGAAAAAGAAAUAAGUCUGAGCAAGAGAAAGCGAGGAUCAGAAAGAUUCUCUACUCAAAGACUGGAUUCAUAGACCUCAUUAACACUUAUGAAGAGAAGAAAUACGAAACUUAUAGAAAAUUACUUAAGAAAGAAUCUAAAGAGAAAGCAAGAAAAGAAUUUGAAGCUAAGCGACUUGAAGAAGAAGGAGAUCUCAUCAAGAAAAACAGUGCUUUCAACCCUUACAGGAAGAAGUUAUUCAAAACAGCUACUGAAGGAGAUGUCGAGUACCAGGUAGAGCUUGAUGAGAAAGAAACCGUACCUCAUUUUUAGCUUAAUUUCGCAUUCAAAAUUAGGCAAAAUCUUG